AUGGUGACAAGGAUCGUACAAGCUGCCCUGGCUCUCCUGCGAGUGACAGACUUCUGGUACUCCCCCACCCAUGCCCCACAGUCGCAACAACAACCGAUCCCCCACCCACCCACUCCUACCAGACCGUUGGAAUGGCGAGACGUUAAUUUCUUGAGUAUCUCCGAUACCCAUGGUUGGUUAUUGGGACAUCAACAUCAAACUUGGCCGGAACCUAAUUACUCUGCCGGCUAUGGCUCCUUCGCGAGUUUUGUGAUACAUAUGAGGGAAGAGGCCAGGCGUAAAGGUGUAGAUUUGUUGCUCAUUGACGCCGGUGAUCAUCAUGAUGGAUCAGGCCUUGUCUCUUCGUCGCCCCAAUCGGCAGCACGGGCAGACGAGAUUUUCGCCAUGCUUCCUUAUGACGUGAUGACGAUUGGGAAUCAUGAACUGUACAAGUAUUCGGUAGCUAAACAGCUGUAUGAUCAAAGGGACAUGUGGGGUGCCAGAUACUUGACAAGCAAUGUCAACAUCACCAUCGAGGAGGAUGGGGAAGUCGUCUCCGUUCCCAUUGGCGAAAGAGUAGCCAAGUUCACAACGGAUAUGGGCAAUCGCGUGACUGCCUUUGGUGUGAUAUUUGACUUCAAGGCUCAUGGUCGGAAUAUCACCAUUCAACACCCUGAAUUCCUGGCCAAAGAGACUUGGUUCUUAGAAGCUAUUGAAGACACCCCGGAUUACUUUGUGUUAGCUGGUCAUAUGCCUGCCAGAGGUGACGAAAGUGCUCAAUUCGGACCUGUAUAUCAAGCUGUUCGUCAUCGACACCCUCACGUGCCCAUUUAUAUAUUCGGUGGUCACACACAUAUGCGGGAUUGUGUGCAGUUUGACAAUCGCUCCAUAGCCGUGGUGCCUGGACGAUAUAUGGAGACGGUCGCCUUUACCUCGUCAACAUUGCCAGAUCAGAAUGAUACUCAUACUGCCCUCAAUGUGUCUAGAAGGUACCUAGAUGCGAGUCGUCAAUCGUCAUUGUCCAAUUGUUUUCCGACUCAUUAUCAGCCGCUAGGGAUAGACGUCAUCUUGUCUCUCUUACAUCUAGCAGGAGAGUACAACAUAUCUCAACCUCUGGCAUUGGCACCACAAGAUUACUUUCUUUCCCGGUAUAAUCCCGCGAAUAGGAAGAGCCUACUGAGGCUGUAUGGAGAGGAAGUGUUGCCUACUGCCCUGACGGAUGAGAAGAGGAAAGGGCCAAGAGUUAUCAUUGCCAAUGCAGGUAGUGUACGAUUCGAUCUUUUUCAAGGAAGGUUUGAUAAGAAUGACGAACUUACCGUUUCACCCUUUGACAACGAUUUCGUCUAUACCCGUUUACCCGCUGGACUGGCUAAGAGGAUUCAUGAAGAAAUGGAAAGAGCAGGAGCUUCCAAAUUCCUACCUUCAUCUCCAGGAUAUAUCGAAGCUGGCGUUGAAGACACAUACAACGCGUGGAUGUCAGAACAAUGGUCAUCAUAUCUCUUCCAACAUAUCAAGGGAGGGGGUACGGAACAGACUGCGUUGGAAAGUGUUUCUGAGAACACUCCUACGAUGGGGUACGUGACACAUGAUGCUUGUCCAGGUAAAGGAGAUGAUAUUGAGCAUGUUCCUGGUGAGUCAUCGUCUCGGAGGAGUCAUUUCGUUUCUAGUACAUUCCCAAUGAUGAACGAUGAAGAAGAAUUAGAUGUUGUCGUCAUGUCUUUCAGUUUGGAUGAUUUCCUCACAGCCGUUCAUACUCUUGAUCCUAAUUCCAAUCUCACCGAGAAGGAUUUCAAACCUUAUGCCGAACAUGUGACAGUGAAGGAUGUAUUCGGAAUUUACGCUAGGAAGAAGUGGAAGCAUGGAGAUUGA